AUGACUUUAGUGGCUGUAGGUGCGUGCUAUCUUGACACAAUUCUAACAAAGUCGUAUUCACGUGUGUUGAUCAGAACCCACCAUUACCCAGGUGAAGAUGAGAAGCUUCGUGCGUCCAGGAUCAGUCACCGGCGCGGAGGAAAUUGCCCAAAUACUCUCGAGGUACUAGGGCAAUUGUUAAAAUAUAGGCCGUCGAGUACCGAAUCAUCCUUGAAUCUGAUUACUGUUCUUCCCUCCAAAACGGCAGUGGCAUCUCAACAAAUCCAAUCAAGUUUAGGGAAUAUGGUCCGGCUAGAUAGUUCCAUUUACCGUGAGGCGUUCAGUGAGCCAGCCUCCAGUUACAUCAUUUCGAGCCAGACCACUGGUAGUAGGACUAUCGUUAAUUACAACGAGCUGCCCGAAAUGACUCGUGCUGAGUUCGCAUCUGCUGUUGAGCCCCUACGUGCCCUGACUGAUCGACCCUGGUUCCAUUUUGAGGGCCGUGCACCAGAUGUAACAUUGGAAUGUAUUUAUUAUAUCCGGAAGAACUUUCCUGGGGCUGAGAUAAGUGUCGAGGUGGAGAAGCCAGGCCGUCCAGGCUUACAGGAGCUUGCAGACGAGGCAGACUAUGUUCUCUAUUCAAAGGGCUGGGCUCAGAACAAUGGAUAUACUUCCGCCGAGGAUUGUUUGCGGGAUCAAUCUUUGAAGAUAGGCCGAGCAUCCUUGCUGUGCUGUACUUGGGGCCAUGACGGAGCUGCAGCACUUGAGCCAAAGACUGGCAACUUUGCUCAUGUCCCCGCGCAUACUGAAGGACUGGGAGUUACCGAUACCAUCGGAGCGGGAGAUACAUUUAAUGCUGGCUUGCUAUACGGUCUCAUCUACCGGGGUCGGGAUUGGGAUUUCCGAAAGAGAUUAGAAUUUGCAAACCUUCUUGCCGGCUUGAAGGUCACCCAAGAGGGCUUCGGAAACCUACACAGAGCCUUGGACGUUCUGCCGUAUUCAUCAGCCGUUCACUGA